AUGGUAGAAGAUUCUGAGACCUCUCUGUCUUCGGAACAGUUAACGGAUACCGUUAAACCAACCUCCAAACCUCCCAAAUUUAGAGCCAUGGCCUUCAAGUUCUUCGCCGUUCUUGCCCUCGUGGCUGCCGUUAGUGCUGGUGUUGUUCCCGUCCAGCAGGUGUACCAUGCUCCAGCCCCUGCAGUGGCCUAUGCCCAUGCUCCUGUGGCCGUUGCCCAUGCCCAGCCCGUGCUGGCCAAGCACGACGAUGAGUACGAUCCCCAUCCCCAGUACAAGUUCGCCUACGAUGUGCAGGACGCCCUCUCCGGAGACUCCAAGAGCCAGGUGGAGGAGCGCGACGGCGAUGUCGUCCAUGGCGAGUACUCCCUCAACGACUCUGACGGCUACCGUCGCAUUGUCCAGUACACCUCGGACCCCAUCAACGGAUUCAAUGCCGUCGUCAACCGCGUGCCCCUCGACCAUGUCAAGACUGUGGUGAAGUCAGUGGCACCCGUGGCUGUUGCCGCUGCCCCACUGCCAGUGGCCUACCAUCAGCACCACUAA